UUUGUUUACAGUAGUUUAAAAUUGGAUACAUAUUGGUUUUUAAAUUUUAUAUAUGGUUUCGAAAUAAUUGAAAAUUCUAGUGUUUUUUAUUAAUUCAUUGAUAUGGAAGAAGUUCAAAGACAUAGCGUUCACACACUCGUAUUUCGGUCUUUGAAAAGGACACAUGAUCUUUUUGUUUCCAACAACCAGGGUCAUGUUCCUGAGAUAGACGAUAAUUUGAGAAAGUUUUGGAAAAAUGUUAAAGCUAGAGAUAGCUACGGAGCGAUAGUUGAUAAAGUUGCCAAAAAUAAGGAAAUGCGAAAACAACUAGCUGAAUCAGAGCAAACAAUGGAAAUAUCUGACAACGAUGAUCAAGCAGACUCAAUUAAUAAUUUAGAAAGUAAUAAUGUUAAAGCAGCAAUAUCAUCAGACAGCCAAUUAAAUCAAAAUCAAAAUGCAUUAGUUUUGCAAACUGCCAGCAAUAAUAUUGCGCCAACAAACCUUCAAUUGAUCCCGAAAAAAGCUCCUACAAUACCAAAACCCAAAUGGCAUCCACCUUGGAAACUGUCAAGAGUUAUUUCAGGUCAUUUGGGUUGGGUAAGAUGUGUUGCUGUUGAACCCGGAAACGAAUGGUUUGCUACAGGUGCAGCUGAUCGAGUUAUAAAAAUUUGGGAUUUAGCUAGUGGCAAGUUAAAGUUGUCAUUAACCGGUCAUGUUAGCACAGUUCGUGGUUUAGCAGUUAGUGCGAAACAUCCAUACUUAUUUAGUUGCGGAGAAGAUCGACAAGUUAAAUGUUGGGAUUUAGAAUACAACAAAGUUAUUAGACAUUAUCAUGGUCAUUUAUCAGCAGUAUAUUCAUUAGCUUUACAUCCUACAAUUGAUGUAUUAGCUACAUCUGGACGAGACUCAACAGCUCGCAUAUGGGAUAUGCGAACAAAAGCUAAUAUUCAUACCCUAACUGGACAUACGAACACAGUGGCAAGUGUUGUUGCCCAGGCAACAAAUCCUCAAAUUAUAACAGGUAGUCAUGAUUCGACAAUAAGAUUAUGGGAUUUAGCAUCUGGUAAAAGUGUCUGUACUCUAACAAACCAUAAGAAAAGUGUUCGAUCUAUUGUUUUACAUCCUACUCUAUACAUGUUUGCAUCAGCUUCACCUGAUAAUAUUAAACAAUGGAGAUGUCCCGAAGGAAAUUUCAUUCAAAAUAUAUCGGGUCAUAAUGCUAUUAUUAAUUGUAUGGCUGUCAAUCCAGAUGGAGUUUUAGUUUCUGGUGGCGACAAUGGAACAAUGUUCUUUUGGGAUUGGAGAACAGGAUAUAAUUUUCAAAGAUUUCAAGCCCCUGUUCAACCAGGUUCUAUGGAUAGUGAAGCAGGUAUAUUCUCUAUGACUUUUGAUCAGUCUGGUUCUAGAUUGAUUACAACAGAAGCGGAUAAAACUAUAAAAAUUUAUAAAGAAGAUGAUGAAGCAACAGAGGAAACACAUCCAAUUAAUUGGAGACCUGAUAUAUUAAAGAGGAGAAAAUUUUAAAAUAUUAUUGCCUUUCAAUUUUAUACUAUUAAAUGCAACUGAUUUUAACAACAUUUAUAUCUGAUGAACAAGGGAUUUACAAAUGAAAGUUCAUCUCAUACAAAUUAUUUAUUUUUUUCAUUUAUUUUCUAUUAUUUUUUUUUUUUAAUUGUGACAACUGAAAUUUUUAGAAUGUUUCUUCUCAACCAUAGUUCUUUUUUUUUUGUCUCAAGAAAAUAAAUAUACAUUAAUAAAAACUUG